AGAAAGCGGUGCCUUAGUUUUCUCGCCAAUACAAUGGGGUAGUAGCCCCCCGCCCCAGAGUGUUCUGAGAAUUAACUGAGAAAAUUCACAUGAAGAACCUGUCACAGUGUCCAGGACGUGGUAAGGACUCACAAAAUCACUAUUAUUGGUGCAAGGUGACUAAGACGAUUGCUCUGCACGAACGUCUAUAGUCCAGCAGAGGGCACUUGUCUGUUAGUACAGGCCUAAGCCAGAGACAGGCCCGGGGCUGCCCUGCACCUUCGCAGGGAUGGCUAGGUGGGGUUUAAUGAGUUAAUCAACUAUGAGUAAAAAGAUUGGCAUCCUGAGUAACACUAAUGCUAGGCACUGAGUCUUAGUAUCACAUUUUUUACAGGAGAGUUUGCCAGGGCUCAGAGAGGUUAAGUGACUUGCCCAAGGUCACACAGAUAGUAUAAUGGUCAAGGCUGUAUUAAAACCCUGCAAGCCUGAAUUCAGGAACAGGACCAUGAAGCUGUGUGCUGCUGCCAGCACAGAUCAGAACCCAAAGGCGGCUCUCCUAGCAGGCCGUAGGCGGCCCUUGGGCCUAGGAAGGCAGCGCUGCACCUUCCCAGCCUCCUCCGUCCUGGGGCGGGGAGGCGGCGCCCAGGGCUGUCCGCCAGGGGCCGCUUUGGACACGUGGAUUGAGCUGUGCGGGGGAAGGCAGACCUGUGGAGGGGAAGGUGCUGGGUGUGAAGAGGGCACACUCGCGGGGCACCUGGACUUGCAGCCUGGGCGGGGCUGCCCGGUCCCAGCGGCGCCGACCCGCCCAUGAUGGCUGGCCCCGGGCUCUGCCGUUCCCCCAGCGCCCACUCCCGCCUCUCCUCCCUUCCUCCCCGCGCCAGCCACCCACGUGACAGAGCAAGUGUGGAGUGGGACUGUUCCUCGUUCCUUGAGCACCUGCUGUGUGCCCCGAGGUGCAGACGGGGCGCUGAGCGGGACAGGGCCGGGAGCGCGGGCCCAGGAGGGCAGGGCAUUUCACGGACUUUGUUCUCUCGCAGCUCCGUGUGCACAGUGGGCCGGCUGAACGAGUGAUCGGUGCGCACAGGCUGCUCAGGCAUCCUGCGUUCAAAGGGUUAGUCAGUGACCACUGUGAGUGCUCAAAAGAAGAGACAUCUCCAGGCCCAGGCUAUUCCACUUAAUCUGAGCUUAAUCUUCCCAAAUUUCCCAAACUCCCUCAUUGCCCUCAUUUUACAGCUAGGAGGCUGAGGCAGAGAGGCCAUCUGUACAGCUGUGGCCUUUACUGCCUUUCAGACCAGGGGUUCCAGUCUGAAAUACUUCCCCCUCCUUGCCUGGCUAACUCAUGUUCAUAGUUCAGGUCUCAGUCAAAGAGAACCUCCUCCAGGAAGCCUUCCCUGACCCUCCACCAACCUGGUUACGAGUCUGUCUUGCCUCUGGACUGUGAGACCCCGAGGGCAGGAACCACGUGACUCUGUCCCUCCUCAUCUACCUUCUGUACUUGACACAGGGCCAAGAGCGAGUGAAGUUUGUUGAAUGAAUAGAUGAGGGCCCACUCAGAAGAGUGGAAAGGCAGGUGGCCCCGGGGCAUUGUGGGUGGCUCCUGCUCACAGGCGCUCACACCGGAGGGCCGGCGGGGAGCCGAGGGCGCGGACUGGCUGGCUCAGUGGUGCUGCCGCACCUGCUUGCCCUCUCUGCCCGCCCUGCCUGCGCCUCGCCCUCCUGGUGCUCGUCACAGGCCUGGGAGGGUUUUGUGUCUGACACGGGGUGUGGGUUUGGAGUCACUUCCAGGGAUUCCUCAGUUUCCUCAUCUAGAAACGCAGCCUGUUUGCGAGGCGCUGGGUGAGAGUGCAGACAGGCGCCCUGCCAGGCCCUGCACGGCCGCGCGACCGGGCAGCAGCGUCCUGUCGCCGAGCCUCAGUCUCCCACUGAGGAAGAGCCACGAGAGCCUGGUCGGGAGGAGGGCAGGCGGAGGCGCGGCGGAGUGCUGCCUGCUCCAGUCUCGUGGACGCGGGGAGACUCGCUCUCCUGUCCAAGGGUUGCUCCCACUCUCGCCCCGUUGUACGAGCAGGGCCACUCAGCUAGCAGGUGGGGGGCUGGGCCGUGGCAAACCCUUCCGCCACGUGUCUGGAGCUUCCUGAGGGUGUGGGCUGGCCUCUCUUCGGCCCCCCUGGGUGCCCGGUGCAUAGUAGGUGUCCAGUGGGGCUUGCUGAAUGGGAUCGAGGCUGCGGCGCCCGCGGACCACCCAGGGCCCCUGGGGCUGAAGGUAAAGGCCAGAGCCCUGGGUCCCUCCUGCCAAGGCCAGGCUCCCUGCCUGGCACGCUGGGUAGCUGUGGCUGGGCUCUGCUCCCUUUUCCAGCCUGGUCUGUCCUGCCUGUGAGUGGCCACGUCCCCUGGGCAGCCCAGCCCCUCCUCUCUGGCAGGGCCUUGGCAACCUGGCCCUCAUUGGCUGCACGUAUCCUUGGAGACGAGGCACCAGCAACGCAAACACAAGCCACAGGGCUGUGGGAAGAAUCUUUCCUCUUUCCAUGAGGCUCCCCCUUUCCCCGAGGGAGCCGUUGACCUCCCAGAACCAGGCCUGCUGGCAGGAGCACAUCCAGAAGGAGGCAGCCGCCCGGGUCGCCUGGAAGAUCAACUAUGGCCACAAGUACCUGAAGGAGGGGACUAGACCCAGGAAGCGGCUCCAGCAGGCCCCAUUCAGGCCAGCCCUGGUAGCGGGCCCAGUGCCUGCCACCAGCAGCUUUGACCACAAGGAGGUGCAGGUCGGACGGCCAGAGACCAGGGGGGUCUGGAACCAGCUGUCGGGGGGAGUGGGUGUCCAGGGAGCCCCACCCAAGGGAGACAGAGGAACAACUCAGGGGCCAGCAGGCCAGACCAGGCCAGAGGGCUUAGAAAUGAGGCAGGUCCCUUCAAGCACCCUGCAGCUGCUCUUCCAGGGCAUCUCGCAUGACGGCCAAGGCCGGGCCCUGUACCUCCGGGAGCGGCAUCGGCAGAAGCCAGAGGAGAAGUUUCGGUACCCGAUCCUAUCAUCCUGGGAGUACGGCUGGCACGUGGGGGACGCCGUGAGGCACACCAAGGCGCCAGCGUAUGCCAAGGUCCAGCCCAUCACAAAGGCGUUUUACACCAAAAGUGGCAUCUUUCAUUUCCCACGGCGAACAGACCAGCUCAUGUGAGCCCGGCUGGGAAGGGGCCCCUGAGCCCUCCUUUACUGUGCCCGUCUGGACCCUCUGGGCACGACGCUGCCAGCCAGACCCAGCCUCUCUCUGCCCACUGUCGAGCCCCGCCUGCCUCGCCGAGUGUGGCUGUCACGCAGGCCGCCUGUGGGGCGCCCGCGCCUCUGGCCCUCUGCUCCUCGCAGCGCCGCCCUCCUCCACCACCGAGGCCUGGGCUUGGGGCGUCUUUCCGGGGAACCGGGGGUCUCCAAGGGCUCCAUCGGCAGAGCUGAGGCAGGAGGGGCUUGCAGAGUCCUUAAGGUGCUGAGGGGAAAACGUCUCCUGCUUCCUGUUUCUCUACCUUGCGCCGGACGGUCCCGUAGCAGGGCUGCUUGGUCCCAGUGUGUCUGCAGUUGAGGGAAGAAGCAGUUUCCAUUGAGACACGCUGCCUCUCUCCUCCCAGAACCUGUAUCGGUCAGGGUUGCCUCACUGCUGUAACAAACAGCCCUCAAUCCCUUAUUGCUUGAACCAAUAAAGACGUAUUUCCUA